AUGAGUGGCUGUGAUAACGGGCAGGAACGAGACAAAGACCUGGCGUCUAUGGCGGUUGGGGGGUCUGCUGUGCCACUUGUUGGGGCGGUCAAGCCACUUCUAGCCCUUGUCAAUAAGCGCAACAUCGAGGCACAGGGGAAAUUGAAAGAUGGUGCCCUUGUACAGCUGAAGGUGAAGCGUAGGAUUUUAGGCCACUGCCGGGACUACUGCACGGCUCCAGCGACAGCGACAGCGGCACGGCUACAGCGACAGCGGCACGGCUACAGCGACAGCGACAGCGACACCACAGGGAAGUUGUCUGUUGGUCAGUGGCUCACGCGAUGCGGUACGCGGGUGUCCAUGCGGGCAUGA